UUGCGGAUUAACACCCUAUCCCCUAUUUCAAUUGUCGAAACCCUUGUAUGUUUAUCAUAUUGCUCUUUCAUUUUUAUUUGAGCUUCCUUAUGGGCUUCUGCUGCUGAUUCCCAGGCUACCCUGAGUGAGGUAACAAGCAAUUGCUUGAAUUCUGCAGUGUCAUUAAAGGCUAUUGGGUCGCGGACUCUUGGAUCUAAUAUUUGGUCAAUGCAAAAAAUCGGGUCUCUCCCAAACAUUAAAUAAAACGGAGUUUCAUUUGUUGUGUUAUGUACCGCAGUGUUAUAGCAGAAAUUAGUAAAGUUCAAAAAUUCAUCAAAAUUAGGCUGAUUUUUAGUUAUGUAUUUAGAGAGUAUGUUAUUAAAUGUUCUAAACGUUCGUUCUGUUAUGGCAUUACCUUGGGACCAGUUUGGAAUUGCAUAUUUUUUGUUUAUAUAAAGCAUGUGACAGAAUUCCUUAAAGAAUUCUGAGGUAAAGGUCGUUGCAUUGUCAGAUAUUAGUUCAGUACAUCCCCCAAACUUAAGAUAACAUUCAUUCAAAAAUGCCUUGGCUAUUGUCUGGGAUUUUGUGUCUGGUACAGGGACAGAUAUUAUGUACUUUGUAAACCAGCAUAUUAUAUUUAAUAUAUAUUUAUUACCUUUUUCUGUGACUGGGAAUGGUCCGGCCAAGUCUAGCCCUACUUUUGCAAAUAAUGUAUUUGAAGGUGCCGUUGCCAUUUCAGCCCUAUAAGCUGGGGUAGGAGAGUGUCUUA